AUGCCAACUAGAACUCCAACCAGGUCCAUGCCUGAAGCCAAGAAAUCAGAAAAGGUGCCCAUCUAUGAGCCCAACAUCAAAGAGCCAACAUGUAGAGCUGAGCUAAUGAAAUAUUGGAUCAGUCUAUCUCUUGACGACAAAACAGCCAACAAGAUGCUAUGGAUUUCAGAUGGAGGAACUAAAGUGACUCGUCGGACAGUGGAGGUGUGUCCUUGCUUGGACCUUCCAGAACGCUAUGAACUUUCACCACAGGUACUAUGUAAACAGUCUCUGUGGGGUGCUCGGUGUUACUGGGAAGUGGAGUAUUCAGGAUGGAUGGUCAUUGGAGCCACUUAUGAAGGUGUGGGGAGAAGAGGAGGUGAUGGUCCCUGCGGUCUGGGAGAGAAUGAGAAGUCUUGGGCUCUGGAGUGGUCUGGAGUCUGUUAUCAAGCCUGGUAUAAUGGCAUUAACAAAGAAAUCCGUGGGGUGCCACAAUGUUCAACCAUUGGUGUCUACAUUGACCAGCCUGCUGGAAUCAUCAAUUUCUAUUUGGUCCAAGACAGGAAAGAGGGGGGAAAGAGUAAAGAGGUGAAACUACUCCACAGAAUAGAAACAGAAAUGACACAGAGGAUUCUGCCCGGUUUCUGGAUGGGCAUGAACUCCACCUGCACAAUCCUCAGUAAAGACUAA